AUGGCAUCAAGCGACAAAUCGCCGCUUCCAGGCCUCCCGGGAUUCGACCCGGACAACCUGCAGCCGUGGACUGUCCAAGUUGUUGCCUCCGUUACUGUACUGGCAGUCGUUGCCGUCACCCUGCGAAUCGUGAGCCGAAAACUGAAGCAUCAGCCGCUAUGGUGGGACGACGGAAUGAUUGUCUUCUCCCUAUGCUGGAACCUUGUGGUCGUCGGCUUCAUCUUCGCCAUGUACUCGGCAGGGAUGGGCAUUCACGCUGACAAAGUUGAACCCACGUCCAUUGUCAUGAUGGCCAAAUGGCUCGUCGUCGCGGAAGUCCUCUACGCCUGGAACCUUGGCUGGACCAAAACAGCGUUGUUGCUCAUGUACUACCGCAUAUUCCAUCUUCCUUACUUCAAGAAGAUGGCGUGGAUAGUCGGCGCGUUCGUCUGGGCGUGGGUGAUUUGCAUCACUUUCCUCUUCAUCUUCAUCUGCGUACCGGUUCAGAAGCUAUGGUACCAGGACAUCCCGGGACACUGCAUCAACCAGGUCGGCACUUGGAUAGCCAACGCCGCAUCCACGAUCUUGACUGAUCUCAUCAUCCUGCUAAUGCCGAUACCGCAAAUUUGGAGCCUACAACUACGCAAGACGGAGAAGAUCGGUCUAACUCUAGCAUUCUGCCUGGGCUUUUUCGUCGUCUUUGCAUCUGCCUACCGAACGAGCGUUCUCUUCACAUAUACCAACACAGACCCGACAUAUACCCUCGCCCCCACCGUCGGAUGGACUGCCAUCGAAAUGUCUGCCGGCAUAGUCUCUGCGUGCCUACCGACGCUCCUCCCCAUCGUUCUGAUUUUCCUCCGCUGGUGCGGCCUCAAGCGCGAUCCGUCGGCAAUUCAGGUAGACGGCGACAUGCCCUUGACCUUCGGCGGGUCUGGCGGCAAGGACUCCAAGGGGUCCAAAGGAGGUAGCGGUAAACGCUCCCGCGGGAUGGAUUCGGCACUGCGAACACAAGAUGAUGUGCGAGGGGGCGAUAAGACCUUCUAUAGGCUGCCGGACGACACAGAAUCCGACAGUAUCGUGUCCGGGCGAGUGAAGCCCGACGGCGAGGUGCCGACGACGUAUUUGGACUCGAAGCUGCGACCAGAUGUACGAGGGUAUGAGCAUACGACCAGGAGUUUUACCGCAGGUGGGCAUGCCAACAGCAAGGAUAACAUUCCAAUGCAUUCGAUUCGCGUGGACACCGACUUUCAGCAGUCCACCUACAAGCAAUGA